CCUCUUCCGGGGCACGAGGCAACACUUCCGGGAUUUCAGGGCUGAGGACCGCCGCCACUUCGGGCGGGGGACUCUGCCAUCUAGACCAUGUUGCUACGAGUCGUCUGGAGGAGGGUGACCGCAGCCUUGACUGCUGCUCCUCGAUCGAAGUCUGGGGCGCCCAUUCGGGGGCUGCGCUUGCGCGUUGUAGAUCAUGCUCCGCAGUCAGCUAUUCCCUCAGAUACGGUCCCUGCUCCAGAGGCAGAGCCAGUGCUGCGACCUCUCUAUAUGGAUGUGCAAGCUACAACUCCUCUGGACCCCCGCGUGCUUGAUGCCAUGCUCCCUUACCUAGUCAACUACUACGGGAACCCACACUCCCGGACACAUGCUUAUGGCUGGGAGAGUGAGGCAGCCAUGGAACAUGCUCGCCAGCAAGUAGCAUCUCUGAUUGGGGCUGACCCUCGUGAGAUAAUUUUCACCAGUGGUGCUACUGAAUCCAACAACAUAGCAAUUAAGGGUGUGGCUAGGUUCUAUAAGUCACGGAAAAAGCACUUGAUCACCACCCAGACUGAACACAAAUGUGUCUUGGACUCCUGCCGUUCACUGGAAGCUGAGGGCUUUCAGGUCACCUAUCUUCCAGUGCAGAAGAGCGGAAUCAUCAACCUAAAGGAACUAGAGGCUGCCAUCCAGCCAGAUACCAGCCUGGUUUCAGUCAUGACUGUGAACAAUGAGAUUGGAGUGAAGCAACCCAUUGCGGAAAUAGGGCGGAUUUGCAGUUCCAGAAAGGUAUAUUUCCACACCGAUGCAGCCCAGGCCGUUGGGAAAAUCCCACUUGAUGUCAAUGACAUGAAAAUUGAUCUCAUGAGCAUCAGUGGUCACAAGAUCUAUGGUCCAAAAGGGGUUGGUGCCAUCUACAUUCGCCGCCGGCCCCGUGUGCGUGUGGAGGCCCUGCAGAGUGGAGGGGGGCAGGAACGGGGUAUGCGGUCUGGGACAGUGCCCACACCCUUGGUGGUGGGGCUGGGGGCUGCGUGUGAAGUGGCACAGCAAGAGAUGGAGUAUGACCACAAGCGGAUCUCCAAAUUAGCAGAGCGACUGACACAGAAGAUAAUGAAGAGCCUUCCAGAUGUGGUGAUGAAUGGGGACCCUGAGCAUCAUUAUCCAGGCUGUAUCAACCUCUCCUUUGCAUAUGUGGAAGGGGAGAGUCUACUGAUGGCGCUCAAGGAUGUUGCCUUAUCCUCAGGGAGCGCUUGUACCUCUGCCUCCCUGGAGCCCUCUUAUGUCCUUAGAGCGAUUGGCACUGACGAGGAUUUAGCUCAUUCUUCCAUCAGGUUUGGCAUUGGCCGCUUCACUACAGAGGAAGAAGUGGACUACACAGUGGAGAAAUGCAUCCAGCAUGUGAAGCGCCUUCGAGAAAUGAGCCCUCUCUGGGAGAUGGUACAGGAUGGCAUUGACCUCAAGAGCAUCAAGUGGACUCAACACUAGAAGAGUAGUCACUUGUGUGGUCCCGGCCUCUCCUGCCUCGCUGAUCCAUGCACCUCAGGCACCUUGUUACACCAGAGGGUGUUCCAUGUUCAAACCAGAAUUGCUAUAGCCCAGAUGACUUUAGCAUCAGCCCACCUCCAAGACAGAAACACAAGAAAACUAUCUUUCCCCAGCCUCCGGUUCCUUUGGUGGGAAAUAUUCCCGCAUUUCUCUCCAGAAGUCUUCCUUUGGUGUUACAGUGGGUGGGCAUUCGAAUCAUGAAGCAGUAGGGUCAUUUGGUACUGCUGCUGGUCAUGCCUGUGUACUUGGAAAGAGCCAGAGGAAAAGGAAGAAGGCUCUUUAGGACGCCAAUGCUCUACAUGGACUUUUGAGUUGUUACUUCCUGCUGCUCAACUGGAUUGGCUCCCUCAGGAAUAAGCAUAAUCAACUGAGAUUUAAUUUUUUUGUGUGUUUCCAAAGGUCACCUCUUCAUACUGAUUGUAGACUGAACAGCAUGUUACUUAGAAGGCUUAUUUCCUGUUUUCAUCCUCUUUCCUUUCUUUUUACCUAACAGAGCUAGAAAACAAGUAUAUGACUCUAUCCACUAUUAAAAUAAGUUAUGUUUCUCUCCUUAAAAGUUGUUAAUUUAUAGAUUGGAGAAGUAAAUUCACCUUCUAUUUGCUCUGUGACUUUUGUGAAAGUCUCAGGGCAAAGUGGAAGGUGCCCUUGGAAACUGUGAGCAGACCAUCACUCCACUUGAUUUCCGUAGAUGACUGGAUCUGUUUGCAUCCCUGUUCAUUCUGCAGUUACUGUAGUGCCUGCCAGGAGCCCAGCAUUAUUCUGGGUAUUGGAGUUGUACCGGUUAACAGGACCAAAAAGAACCCUGUUUUCAAUGAAAUUGCAUUCUAGUGGAGAGACAGAAAAUAAGAAGUAAACAAAUAAGACUCUUAUAGAUUGUCAUACGUGCUAUGGAAGAAAUAAACAGAGUGUUAGGGAGAGUCUCCUACCCUGGGUGUUCUAGGGAUGAGCGUUUCAGGCAGAAGGAACAGCAACAGCAAAGGAUCUGAGGUGUGGAAAAGCAUGGUGUCUUUGAGAAAUCAAGAGAAGGCCAAUACUACUGGAGCAAUUUUCUCAUUUGUGGGUCUAAACUCUUAGGUGAAUAGUUACCAGCACUAAAAAAUGAGAGAAAAGAAAAUGUUAAAAUACCUCAUACACAUAUUAAAAUUUUUCAUUUUGAUUAUGUAUUUGGUUACAUAUACCAGGUCCAAAUGUAUGAUUGUGGGUAAGGGUCAAAAUUUGAAAGUAACUGGGCAAAAGUAUGGUGAAUGAAGAUGGUCAAGGGAAGGAGAAGAUGAAAUUAGAUUUUUUAUUAUUAAUCAACUUUUUAUUUUGGAAUAAUAUUAGAUUUACAGAAAAGUUACAAAUACAGUACAGUUCAUAUAUCCAUCUAGUUUCUUCUAAUUUUAAGAUUUUACAUAAAACUGUGGUACCUUUGUCAAAACUAAGAGAUCAAUAUUGGUAUGUUACUAUUUACUAAACUGCAGACUUUAUUCAGAUUUCACCAGUUUUCCCACUAACGUGCAUUUCUGGUUCUAGGAUCCAAUCCUGGAUACCACAUUGCAUUAGGAAGUUUUGUUUUCAAUGAACUGUGCAUUCCUACAAAGAGUAUAUAUAAAGUAUAAACCAAACCAGA